GCCCGCCCGCCCGCCAUGCCGAAGCCGCCGCCGCCGCUGCUGCUGCGGUCAGCGAGCGGGAGCCGCCCCGGGGACAGCGAGCUGGGCCGGCAGUUCCGGGACUGGUGCCUGCGCACCUACGGCGACUCGGCCAAGACCAAGACGGUGACCCGGAGCAAGUACCAGCGCAUCGCCGAGGUGCUGCAGGGGGGCGGCGGCGGCGGCGGCGGCGGCGAGAAAGGCAAGUUCCAGUUCUGGGUGCGCUCCAAGGGCUUCCGCCUGGGCAACGGCACCCGGGAGCCGCCGGCCGCGAAGAUGGGUCCGGUGGUGGUCUACGUGCCGGUGAAGACGGGGACGGGGGCAGAUGGCCCGUCGGAGCCCGAGGGCAUCGCUCUCAAGCGCGUCGCUGUGGUGGAAGACUUCUUUGAUAUCAUCUACUCGAUGCAUGUAGAGAGCUCAGCGGAGCCGGGCAAGGCCCCCAAGCACGCCGGGCAGAAGAAGACCUACCGGGCGAUCGCUGAAACCUAUGCCUUUCUGCCCAGAGAAGCCGUGACCAGGUUCCUGAUGAGCUGCACAGAGUGCCAGAAAAGGAUGCAUUUUAACUCCAACGGUGUGGAGCCAAAAGAAAAUGAGCCUCCUUCCUCCCUAGUUUCGGGCAUCAUUGAUUACAACAUGCCUCUGACCUCCACCUACUUGAAGCAGAUGAAGCUGCGGGUCAUGAAUUCCCAGGAACAGGAUGAGACCUCGGUGAGCAGCGAGGAGUUUGACAUGAGUGACUCCACAUGGAUGUCAGCUGAUCAGCAGCUCCACUCCAGUCUCAGCCCCAGCCAGGAGGAAGGGAUGCGCAGCCCGCAGAAUAUCCACAGCCAGGAGGAUGACGAUUCCUCCUCGGAGAGCUGCAGCGGAAACGGCUCGUCCACCCUGAACCCGUCCACCUCGAGCAGCACUCAGGGCGAUGCCACCUACCCAGAGGUAAACGGAAAUGGAGCCGGCGCCCCCAUGGAUUUCAGUGCCUCAUCGGAGGACCAGCCCAUCAACCUCUGCGACAAGUUGGCCCCCACUCAUGUCACCUCAGCCUACCAGUCGGACGGUUGCAGUGCCGACGGCCUGCGGAGCCGGGCGAAGUAUGGCGCCAAAAGCACAACAGAGUCCCCUCCAUACAGCUCUGGCAGCUACGACUCCGUCAAGACCGAGGUCAGCGGAUGUCCCGAAGACCUGACAGUGGGCAGAGCUCCCACCGCUGACGACGACGACGAUGACCACGACGACCACGAGGACAACGACAAGAUGAACGACUCCGAAGGCAUGGAUCCCGAGCGGCUAAAGGCUUUCAACAUGUUUGUACGCCUUUUUGUGGAUGAGAACCUGGACCGCAUGGUUCCCAUUUCCAAACAGCCCAAAGAGAAAAUCCAGGCCAUCAUUGAAUCCUGCAGCAGGCAGUUCCCGGAGUUCCAGGAACGAGCCCGCAAACGCAUCCGCACUUACCUCAAAUCUUGCCGCCGCAUGAAGAAAAACGGCAUGGAAAUGACCAGGCCUACCCCACCCCACCUGACCUCAGCCAUGGCCGAGAACAUCCUGGCAGCUGCCUGUGAAAGCGAGACACGGAAAGCAGCCAAGAGGAUGCGGCUGGAGAUCUACCAGACGUCGCAGGACGAGCCAGUUGCACUUGAUAAGCAGCACUCCCGGGAUCCGUCAGCUGUCACGCAUUCCUCCUACUCACUGCCGGCCUCCUCCUUCUCCCAGGACCCCGUCUACAUCAACGGAAGCCUGAACUACAGUUAUCGGAGCUAUGGGACCCUGGGAGGCAGCUUGCAACCGACUCCGUCGCUCCAGACAGGGAAUCACAGUAACGGCCCCACUGACCUCAGCAUGAAAGGCGGCACGUCCAGCACCAGCCCCCCGGCCAACAGCACAAACAGGGGGGUGCCGGCCGCCCAGCUCAGCCCAACCGAGAUCAGUGCCGUGCGGCAGCUGAUUGCCGGCUACCGGGAAUCCGCAGCCUUCCUCCUUCGCUCCGCAGAUGAACUGGAAAACCUCAUUUUGCAGCAGAACUGACUGCUCGCCCCCCGGGGCUCCUGUGCCGGAAGAGGCUGCCCAUCCCUCGCCCGGGGCUUCCUUGAUAAUCCGCUCAGGACUGGCCGUUCCUUUGCCGACCACCGCCCUGGCACCGGUUUUUGAUUCUUAUCCGGUGGAGCCCCCAGGGGUCCCCUACCUUCUUUGGCCAGGAGCCCGUGGCCCAAGGAGUCCGCCCUUCAAAGCCGACCAAGCCAGUGCCCUCUGCCAACCCAGAGCCAGCCCCGCAGCCC